AUGUUCGACUCGACCAAGGGCGCCUUGCUUAUAGCGCCGCAUCUUUCUAACAGCUCUUGCUGGGUCAACGGAAAAGGCUGGCCUAAUACGUUCCCGGCUCCAGGGGAUAUAAUUAAAGCUUUUUUCAUAUUUGCCUUGUCUAUGGCAAUCGUUUUCUGCAACUUAGUUUUGAUUUGCGUUUUAAAUAAUAGAAGAUACGUUAAGUACAUAGAUAAUCAGCCGAGAUACCUUCUUACUUCGCUUGCAUUGAAUGACCUCUUUACUGGUAUCUUGAUAGCCCCGGUGGCCUUAUUUCCCGCACUCUACAAGUGUUGGCCUUACGGCGAAAUUUUUUGUCAAAUUCAGGCAUUAUUAAGAGGCGCUGUGAGUCAACAAAGUGCGGUUAUAUUAGUCUGUAUGGCGAUAGACAGAUAUUUGUAUUUGUUACAUCCAGACACGUAUCAUAAGCAUUCGAGUAAAAAGGGUUGCGUAUUGGUAAUAAGCGUAACUUGGAUACUAUCAGUAUCGCUGUUUGCUGUUAUGGUGCUACCACGGUCGGGAUACUAUUUCAACUCGACUGGCUUGAUGGCUUGUGACGUUUUUCAUAGUCGAGUUGCUUUUAGGAUCCUUGCCUGCUGCGCUUAUUACUUUCCGACGACAAUGGCUUUGAUGUACUGUUACGGGUCUGGUUUUCACGUCAGCAAAGCCCGAAGCAAAUGCAGUGAAGAGCCUGUCAGGCCAAAUGGUGUGCCAACUCCAUGUAGUAAAGUCACUCAUAUUGAGCACGAAGCAGUUCUUCAAGCACCCGUGAGGCCCCACAGCGUAAGCACGUCACGUACAAUGGCAGCCAUGUCCCUUGGAUUUAUAGUGAUGGUCACCCCAGCUACCAUUCAAGAAGUAGUCGCAGCUUGUACUGGAUGCAAGGUGCCUCCAACGUUAGACUUUAUCGUCACUUGGCUGGCGCUAAGCAACAGUUUUUGGAAUCCAUUUCUCUAUUGGCUACUAAACAGCCACUUUCGAAGAAUCAGUAAUGAACUUCUGCAAUAUUACUUUUGCUGUCGAAGUACGAAGUCAUUCCCGAGCUACGAAAAACCAACAGGUUGCUGUGGAUCACCUGCUACAUCUGAUGGAUUACAUUCAAAGGGCGAGUUUGAAGGGCUCGGUGAAAAAUAUUGGGGUGAAAUUUUGGAACGUACUGUAUCGUCAACGUCCUUGCACGCUUUACAAAAGGCAUGUCACAGGGAUCCCCACUGCACAGGGUCUUUUAAAGGUUGUUCCAAUCCAGCGUGUAAACAAAACGUAAGGUACUUUGAUGGUUAUGGCCCAACAGACUAUCGAAAUGUUGAUAGGUCUGCUUUCCAGAUAGAAUCAUGCUCAAAACAUUGUAGAUUGAAAAAUUCUGAUUUUUGCUUAUUUAGGCCGAAUCCGGGUCUAGAAUGCGGCCGUUCAAGAUCAAAUUUAAGCUUGGAUGAAGGCAAUUUCGGCAAAAUUUGUAAUGGAAGACAUCCAGAAUUGUGAGAGUUCCGAAACUGUCCGGUCUUCGGGCAUAGAAGCAAUAGUAUAGGGAUGUAUCCAGGAGUUGAACACUUCAACUCUAAUUUAAAAUGGAAGUUUGAUGAUUCUCCAGGCGUGGACGACGAUAUGCAAACUUUAGAGCAAAAUCUCGAUAGGAUAAGAAGUUUGAGUCACGAAAGAAACUUCAACAGUUACGGUAUAAAAGAAAAUGAUAAUUUGUUGGAAGUGGAAGUGAAUGACAUUACAGAAGAUGAUUCAGACGAAAUCAAAGAAUAUAAUGGAAUCUCACGUGAGAAUUCUGAAGAAAAGAGUGAUUACGGGUCUGCUCAUAAGUUUUCUAGGCAUUCUUCCUUAUCGAAUAGAGAACUAGACGUGAUAAAAGAGAGCUCAAGGAGUUCGAGUGAUACUGAAGUGACGUUGACACGAUGACUUCCGAGAGUGACUUUUGAUAAAGAAGUGAAUGUGGUUCAUUUGGAACUUUCUCCGGAACAAAGACCUCAGUGUAUAUCG